AUGAUAUCCUUCUUCCAUUCCUGGCUACCGGGCAUGCCAUGGUGGCUGACAUUUGAAGCUAACCCUUUGGAUAGUUUGCUGCAAGGGCUCUUGGCUGCGUGUGGUAUUUCUGUGCUGUGUAGUUUGAUGAGAGUCCACUUUUUCCUCAAAGCUUUGAGUGAUGAGAAAGAAGACGGCAGUAAGGAGAAAUCGAGUCCAAAGGGAGAGGUUAAAGGCUGGUUGAGCGGGUCUCUUCAGUUCUGGUUCUUGGCCAUGCUGCUGGGUAUGGUGGGUGUGCGGGCCGCUUCCCUAGUGGUUCUGGAGUUUUGCCUCCGAGCCGUCUCAGCCAGAAUCACCUCUGGACCGGACACGCUGUCCAGCUAUAGCUAUCAGUUCCUGAUCCAAUGCCAGUUCUCCCUGGGCUGCGCUCUGAGCUGCAGCAUCCACUUCCUCCAGGAGGGGGCGCUGCACCGCUCUCUCGGCCUCCUCCUGGCGGCGGGACUGAGCUGGGUCCUGGCCGGCCAGUGUGGGCGCCUGUGGCGUCACACAGCGGUGCUCUACCCGCUGCACAGCUCCCAGCGUUACUGCGGCGUGUGCAUCACACUCCUCACCUCGGGCCGCAGCCUGCUGCCCCUCCUGGGCCGCGCCGUGGCGCUGGUCUUCGCCGUGGGCGCCUUCGCCGCCACCUUCACCGUCAACCACCACUUCCUGUCAGCCGCGGAGUCCCUCCGGUUCUGGACGCCGCUGACUAUCUGCUACACCCUGCUGGUGGUGUACAUACAGGAGGAGCAGCAUCGCCGCCCUGGUGGCGAGGCCCUGAUGCACACGGUGGUGCUGCGGCUGGGGGCGCUGCUGGUGCUGAUGCUGACGGUGGGGACCUGGGCCGACGUGGCGCACAUUCUCCUGUGCUUCCUGGGCGAGGCGGCCUGCCUGAUACCCGCGCAGGACCUGCUGGACUGCCUGCCGGAGGAGGAAGAGGAAGAUGAGACUCCAAGCAAGCCUCCUCGAAGCUGGAGCACAGAGUCCAGUCCAAGGAGUCGUCUAAAGCCAUCUCCACUCCCCAGCAGAGAUAAAGACCUUUAGGCAUUCUGCCUGUACCCAGAGACCCAGAGACUGCCAGAGCAAAGCCAAGUCUCCAGGCCAACACACCAGACACACAUACCGACCUAUACAGACACAGAUA